UAGUACUCAGCUAAGACGAAAAUACCAAACACAGAAGAGGUGAGCUCAUGAUUUGUUUUGUCACUGCUGAGUUUUGACGCCCGGCGGCGGACGAACCUUGGCAUGUGCACGACCCGCCAAAAGAUGUUCAUACGUUUCCAAGCCGAAGUAACCGAGUGGCGAUCUCUCUCUCGUUCCCAGUGAAAGUGUUAGGCGGCGCAUUGUCAAUAGUUUCCAGCAGAAUCCGUACCGACCAUGGCUUUGGCGUCCGAGAGCAAAGAAGUGAUCGUGCUGAAGCAGACGCAAAAAAAAGAUUUUACCUAUGUGAUGAAAUCUUUGUUUGCUGGUGGUGUUGCUGGUAUGUGUUCGAAAACGACUGUUGCUCCCUUGGAUCGAAUAAAAAUACUGUUACAGGCCCAUAACAAGCACUAUUCAAACUUUGGAGUAUUUAGUGGCCUUGCUGAAAUUGUUAAACGUGAGAGUUUUUUCGCAUUAUAUAAAGGCAAUGGUGCCCAAAUGGUGAGAGUUUUCCCAUAUGCUGCUAUUCAAUUCACAUCAUUUGAAUUCUACAAAACACUAUUAGGAUCCAUUCUUGGGAAUAGUUCACAUAUUGGAAAGUUUGUGGCUGGUUCAUCAGCUGGUGUCACAGCAGUUACUAUCACAUAUCCUCUAGAUACAAUCAGAGCACGACUAGCAUUUCAAGUGACUGGUGAACAUGUUUACAACGGGAUUAUACAUACAGCCAAAACCAUUAUCCAAAAUGAAGGAGGAGUAAAAGCUUUAUAUCGUGGUUUUGUUCCUACAUUAUGUGGUAUGGUCCCAUAUGCAGGUUUAACAUUCUUCUGUUUUGAAUCUAUUAAAAAAUUUUGUUUGAAAACUUUACCAACAUGGUUUAGUAAACCAUCUAACAACGAUUCUGGUGGUGCCGUACUUACUAUACCAGCAAAAUUGCUAUGUGGUGGUUUAUCUGGUGCACUUGCACAGUGCGUUUCUUAUCCAUUAGACGUAACAAGAAGAAGAAUGCAAUUAUCUAGUAUGGAUACCAAUGCAAAAUACGGACAUGGUAUGAUCAAGACCUUAGUAACAGUUUAUCGUACUAAUGGUGUUACAAAUGGAUUAUAUCGAGGAAUGAGUAUUAAUUUCAUCAGAGCAGUACCUAUGGUUGCUGUGUCAUUUUCUACUUACGAAUUAAUGAAACAGACUCUGCACUUAGAUACUGGAGUUGAUUCCUGAGUAUGUUUUAUAAUGUCCAAUGAAUCUGUUUAAACCUAGAUUUUUUAUAGUUUACAAUAUUUAUUGUUAUAAAUUAGUUAUUAUUUUUUUAAAAAAUGUAUUAAUUGUUAAAAUUAAAAUAAUUUAUUUUUUUCAAAAGUGGUGCCUUAAACUUAUAUUUGAUAAAAAAUAAAUCUCAUAGUCUGAAUAAAUUGUAUUAAAAAAAAAAAUAAAACCAACAAAAUAAUUUAUUUUGAUUUAUUAAUAUUAAUUUAAAAACAAUACGUAAGUAUAAUAUAUAACUACAAAAUAAUCAAGCUCUGGAAAAUAAACAUAAAUCUAUUUUAUCCUUUUGACAAUA